AUGUGCUCUCGAACGACGUGCGGCAAAUGCGGCAAGCCCACCUGGGUGCGCGUCCCGCGUCGCAUGCACAUCGAGCAAGCUCUGCGGGGCGUGCCCGAGGAGGACCGGUGCCAGUGCCCCCGCAAGUGCAGGAUGUGCGCCGUGAGCUAG